AUGGCUAGCAAAAUACCUGAUUUAUCCCCGCCGUUGCCAAGCAAGGCUAGAGUUUAUGCAGAUGUUAAUACACGCAGACCCUUACAAUUCUGGGAUUACAGAUCCUAUGAGGUACAAUGGGGACAAAUGUAUGAAUACGUUUUGGGUCAAAGUAUUGGCAAAGGAGGCUAUGGUGAAGUAUUUGAAGCUGUCAAAGUGAUGACAAAAGAAAAGGUCGCUAUCAAGUUACUCUUACCAACCAAGGAAGAGAAUAUCAAGCGUGAAGUAAAGGUUUUGGAUAUGUUGCGAGGUGGUCCCAACAUCAUAAAUUUGGUAGCUGCUGUGAAAAGUCAUGAUCGUGAAAAAGUGGGCUUGGUUUUUGAAUAUGUAAACCACACGCAUUACAGUCAAUUGUACCAAAGAUUGAAAGACUCUGAUAUACGGCAUUACAUCUACCAGACUCUGAGAGCCUUGCAGUACAGUCAUAGCAUGGGAAUCAUGCACCGAGAUAUCAAACCUGAAAAUAUCUUAUAUGAUCAGAGUCGCAGAAAGGUUUGGUUAAUAGACUGGGGGAUGUCACAGUUUUAUAAUCCUGGUGAACUGUAUAGUGUACAAGUGGCUACCCGCUACUACAAAGGCCCUGAACUGCUCGUUGAGUAUGAAAUGUAUGAUUACAGUUUGGAUAUGUGGAGCAUGGGGUGCAUCCUGGCCAGCUUGAUCUUUCAGAAAGAGCCAUUUUUUCGUGGUCGUGAUAAUAGUGAUCAGCUGCUGAAAAUAGUCAAAGUCCUCGGAACAACACGGUUUUAUGAGUACAUUAGAAAGUACAAGAUCAAGUUAGAUGUACAGCUCAAGAAAACUGUGGGCAGGCACCCCCGUGUGGAUUGGCAUACCUUCGUUCGCAAUGAAAAUAAGCACCUUUUCAGUCCAGAAGCCUUGGAUUUACUGGACAAGUUACUGCAAUAUGACCCACAGUCAAGACUUACUGCUAUAGAGGCCAUGGAGCACCCCUUUUUCAAACAAUUUGCAGAGCACAGUGCUAAAGAACCUAGUGAAUCUAGCCAUGCAGGGGCCAGUACAUCUGCCCAAAGUGACCCUGCACAGCCAGGGCCUUCUUCCGCAUUCGGCCCUCCAACCUUUGUGCCCAACAUUGCUUUACCAGUGCCUGAGACUUCCACAGCCCAUAAGAAACCUGCUUCACCUUCGGCCCAUGCUAAGAAUUAA